ACUGUCCCUCUCCCCUCUCUCCCCCCACUCUCCUCCACUCUUCCGACCUUCCUCUCUUCCCUCCAUCUCUCGCUCUCUCUUUCUCUGUUCCCCCACCCCCACCCCCCCUCCACUCUCGCAGGAGAGUUUGGGGAGGUGUGCCGGGGUCGCCUUAAGCUACCCGGAAGAAGGGAGAUCAUCGUGGCCAUCAAGACGCUGAAGGUCGGUUAUACCGAUCGUCAGAGGCGGGACUUCCUGUCCGAGGCGUCAAUCAUGGGCCAGUUCGACCACCCCAACAUAAUCCGCCUGGAAGGCGUGGUCACCAAGAGUCGGCCAGUCAUGAUCGUCACAGAGUUCAUGGAGAAUGGAGCGCUAGACUCUUUCCUCCGGCUUAACGACGGCCAGUUCACGGUGAUCCAGCUGGUUGGCAUGCUGCGUGGCAUCGCAGCGGGCAUGAAGUACUUGUCAGACAUGAACUAUGUGCACCGAGACCUAGCCGCCCGCAACAUCCUGGUCAACAGCAACCUCGUGUGCAAGGUGUCCGACUUCGGACUGUCUCGGUUCCUCGAGGACGACCCCGCAGACCCCACCUACACCAGCUCACUGCGUCCAGCUGGAGUCACACCAUCCAUCAAUCUGUCGCCUCCCCGCCCCUCCGUAUCACCUUUCCUCUUCCCCUCCGCAUUCCUCUCAUCUCCCCCCUUUUAUCCUCCGUCCUCCGCCGAGACCCACAUCCUCGUCGCCCCCACCACCACCACCGCCCUCCCCCGGACCUGCCUUAACCUCAAGUUAGCGCGGGCCCCAAAAUCCAUCAACCCCCUCGCCAUGCGGCCUGCCUCGGCCUCCCCCAUCCCUCCACUCCGGGGGUUGCCGGUGAAGAAUUAG